UGCUUAUGAGGCAGGCGAGAGCGGCCUUAGCAACGGUUUCUGAACUGUGAAGACAGCGGUUGGGCUGUGCUGCCGGCGGCUGAGAUAGGGAGGUCCCGGCUGAGGGCACCGGUUGGUGACAUGGCAUCCACAAGUUCAGACCAAUGGAAGAAAAGAGCAGCAAAACUUGAAUUGAAUGAAACCCAAAAGCAAGAAAUUAAAGAGGCCUUUGAUUUAUUUGAUGUUGAUGGGUCUGGAACCAUAGAUGUGAAAGAAUUGAAGAUUGCAUUGCAAGCCUUAGGAUUUGAACCAAAGAAAGAAGAAAUUAAAAAAAUGAUAGCUGAAAUCGACAAAGAAGGAAAUGGCACCAUUAAUUUUGAAGAUUUUUUUGCCAUAAUGAGUGUAAAAAUGAGUGAGAAAGAAGAAAUAUUGAAGGCUUUCAAAUUAUUUGAUGAUGAUGAUACUGGAAGCAGAACACUAAACAAUAUCAAGAGGGUUGCUAAGGAACUAGGGGAAAAUUUAACAGAUGAUGAACUUCAGGAAAUGCUUGAUGAAGCUGAUCCUGAUAGGGAUGGAGAAAUAAGUGAGGAAGAAUUUUUGAGGAUGAUGAAAAAGACCACUCUUUAAUACUUUUUUAAAUCCCUCUGGAAAGUUAAUAACUUUGUAUUUGUUAUACAGUUCCAUAAUAUCUGAAUGUAUUUGUUGUCAAUUUCUAAUUUAUUUGUGCAAAUUGGUGUUUUGAUGUGUAAUCCAUGCAAGAAGUUAGGCUUCUGUCAACAUGUUGUUAAACAUCUACAGCAUCAAGAAAGAAAUAUAAUGAUUUCUGUGAAUCGUGAAUCCAAAACCAGUAUUAAUUCCAACUGCUACUUUUUGGAGUCUCAGCAUCUAAAGACUUAGAAUUUUUUUUAGGUUUAAUGAAACUGAGCCCACAUCCAAUUGAAUUUGGCAAACAGGCUAUUACUUUCCCCAUUAUUUUCCUUUUGUGCAACUCUUUAAAAACUGUUAAACAUUUGAUUUUUAAUCAGUUAUUCAGAUAUGUAAAGUAUUAAAUAAAAUUGCCUAGUAAUACUUUAUUUGCUAGUUUUCUUAUUAUAAAGAAAGGCACUUAUACUACCCAGAUUUUCUUGUAAGUUUGACCCUGCAGGUGAGCAUUUAAUGACUGUCUUGGGAGGUGGUAGGGAUUUUACAUAUGUUAUCUCAGUUAAUAUGUUACAACUUGGAAGCUGGUGGUAUUAGCUCCAUUUUACUACAUACAAGAAAAGUAAAGUUCAGAGAAAUUUAAAAAUUGCUCAAUUGCUCAUAGAUAAUAAAACAUGGAUUAUAAAUCUUGUAUCCUUAUGCUUCAUUAUGAAGCUUUGCUAUGGAUAAAAACUCUCAGGGUAAUUAUAUAUUUUCUAACUCA